GAGGAUUUUAAAGAGGGUCAAGCUAUCGGAGAAUUAUUCAUAGUUGAUAAUAGAUCUGCUACAAAAUCUGUGUCUGUCUUAACUGAUUACAAGCUCGUCCUAUAUUUUUCAGAAGUCUCUCGUGAAAUUGAUCACCAAGGUGACUUGAGUCUAAAGACCCUAGGAACUGUUGCCAGACAUUCUGCAAUCAAAGCCAACACCUAUGAUGGCGCUCAAUAUCUGAUUGAACGGGUAAAGUCUAAAAAUCCUAAAGAAUCAACGGACAUUAUUAAAAUAACAGAAAAGGGCCACGGGGUAUGGAGACUCGACGAAUUUCAUCAUUGUAAAGAAGGUGUUACUCUCGGCCAACUCAAAAAUGCCGCUUUUAGUGGUAUACCGUAUGAUCUCUGGAGUACAAAUUGUCAAGAAGCUACCAAACAAGUUGCCAAUACACAUUCCGCUUCUUCAGCUAGCAAUGAACCAGCAAAAAACCUAG